AUGACUUCAGUCCGGUCGAACAAUAGCUUUUCCAACUCGGAUGUCGCCACGCUUACAAGUUUUGGUUAUAGACCUGGUGAAGAGGAUAAUGAAAAUGUAAUAUCAAAAAUAUUUCAACGCGUAAAAAGUUCUUUCGCUGUAUCCCCUGGUACUCCGAAUGUAAACAAUUCUACAGAUCCUCUCGAAAAUUCUUCAACAAAUUCUUCUCAAGAUCCUGAUUUUGAACCUUCGAAAAGUACCUCGUCGCUAUUAUUACCAGAUAAAGAUAAUAAAGGUUUUAAACACGGUGUCACCCCUGCUCCCCCCGUCGUCUCAAUAGAACCUUUCCUUGGAAGUGCCCCAUCAAAGCUUAAAUUAGAGUCUACGGACAAUGUUCAAGACCAUGUUAAUGGUACUGUAAAUGGGAUCAAUACUACUUCAAGUUUAGUUAAUGGUUCUACCAACCAACAAAAUUCUCAGGAGGGUCUCGAUGCAACGUGUCAAGACACGUAUCCUAUUUAUAAAGAUGUUUCGGAUACCCGAUCUAUACAAUCUGUUCAGGCUACUGCAUCUACUGCUAAUAAUUCUGGCUAUUCAUUUAGUAAAGUUAUCAGAAGGUUACGUGGUGAAGGCGUAAAUAGAGGUUAUUGGAUGGCCGAUGAUACUUGUAAAGAAUGUUAUGAUUGUAAAACUACCUUUACCUUAGUUCGAAGAAAACACCAUUGUCGUAUAUGUGGCAAGUAA